AUGGCCGCUGCUGCCGUCGCUGGGCCCCGGCGCCCGGCCCCCGCCGCCCGCCGCCCCGAGUGUCCCGGAGCCGCAGCUCCGGCUCUAGCCCUGGCCCUGGCCUCGCUCCUCCGUCCGCUCCGCAGCCACGGCCGCCGCUCCAACUCCGCCCGCCCGGCCUCAGCUUGGAGCCGACGUCCCGGUGCCACGCUCAAUACGCUCCCCCAGGCACGCAGAGCCGGAAACAAGGUUCCGGCUUCCACCGCGGGAAGGUCCCCAGCGCCACCCUUUCCCUUCCUCCCCUCAAGCCUGCGUUUCUCCUGCUCUGAGAGCAGUUCCUCAUCGCUUCCCCGCUUCCAGGGCCUGCUGCUGUUCCUUCUGCUUGCUACUUUAGAUAUUCAUCAAGAAGCUGGGUGCAAUGAGCCACCAUCUUUGUCUUGCAACCACGCUGUGAGAAUACGGGAACCAAUCCCCAAGAAGCCUAAUGGAGGUCUCUCUGAUUGGGGUUGCCUCCCUCCCCGAGCUAAGUGGCCCUCUGCCCUGGCUUUCCAAAGAGGUCUCCCUCUUCCUCUUAAUUUUUGGAGCAGCUGCAUCAAGUAUUUGAUCUUCCUCCUGAACUUUCUUUUCUCUCUUCUUGGUCUGCUGACUUUGGUGGUGGGACUGUGGGGCUUUGCAGACAAGGAGUCACUGGGGAGUGAGCAGCUGCCCCACCUGGGUACUGACCCAAUGCUGCUGUUUGUGGUGGUGGGACUGGCAGUCAGCACUGUGUCCCUAGCAGGCUGUGUAGGGGCCCUCUGUGAGAAUAUCUGCCUUCUUUGGUUCUUUGCUGGGGGAAUCUUCACUUUCUUGAUUCUAGAGACAUUGGCGGGAAUCUUGAUAUAUGCGUUAUGGGACCAACUCCAGGAUGUACUGGACAGUACCAUGCUCAUGGCCAUUACUCGGUACCAAGAUGACUCAGAUCUGCGUUUUCUUUUGGAUGAAAUCCAAUUCGGCCUAAGGUGCUGUGGGGUAGUCUCCUACCACGACUGGAAACUGAAUUUAUACUUUAACUGUAGUUCCCCAGGAGUCCAGGCCUGUGGUCUCCCGGCUUCUUGCUGCAUCAACCCCUGGGAAAAUGGAACCAUCAUCAACUCUCAGUGUGGCUUUGGUGUUCUGCGCCUGGAUGAGGCUACAGCUCAAAGCAUUGUUCAUUUUGAGGGUUGCAGCCCCAAACUCAGGCAGUGGUUGAACCAGAACAGCGGGGUCAUUAGGGACUAUGCAUUUGUUACCACAGUAAUAGAAGGGUUGGAGUUCUUAUUAGUUACCAAGUUAGUGGGGGAUAUUAAACUCAGAAAAGCCAAUGACUGAGAAUGGUGAGAGAGUUAUUGAUUGCUCCCUCACUAAUCCAAAGUUGUCUUUGUCAGCUUUUGUUUGCUUUGAAGUGAAUCCUCCAAUUCUCCACAGUGCAAUGACUGUCAUAAUGGAGGAGCAACAGGAUAACUGCUGUCUACUUCUGCAGGACUAUGAUAAUCUCUCUACUACCCCAAGACUUAAAAAUAGAAGUCGUUAAAGUCAAUUUGUAUGAUUUUUUUAAAAAUUGUUUUCAUUAUGAAGAUACAUUAAUAUUUCAAUAAAGCAAGAAAAAGAUGAGUGUAUAUGAAAUUAUUUGCUUCUACUCUGUAGUUUAGUUUUUAUGUAUUUUAAAUUUAACACAACAGUAACAAAAUUUUGCUUGUCUAAGUUCCUCUUGAAAUUCCCUUUGUUCUCUUCUAUAUGUUUUAAUGAUUCAUUUGUGUUCUUUCUUUUCUGCAUUAUUAUCAUAAGCUAUCAUAAUGCUUCUCCCCACCUUAAAUUUUCUUUCAUAACAAAAAAUGAUAAUAAUAAUAGGUAGCAUAUACGUAGCACUUUAAGGAUUAUAAAGCACUCUGCUAAUAUUAUUUCAUUUUGUCCUUAGAGCAAUUAUUACUAUCCUAGGCUAUUAUUAUCUUCAUUUUACAUAUCAGGGAGACUGAAGCUGAGAGAGAUCCAAGUUCACAUAGCAAAGUAAGUGUUUGAGACAGGUCUUCCUACUCCUAAUCCAAGAUUCUAUCCACAGUGUCACCCACUUGACUGUAUGGACAAUAAAACUGUUUCCCCUUAUUAUAUUAUUGUAGUUCUUAUGAAAUUGGUCUGCUGGUUUUGUUCAUUCUGUUCUAUUUCACUUUACACAAAUCUUUUGGAUUUUCUUUGUAUCUGUUUCAUUAUUUUUUUUACAGUGCAAUUGAUUCCCAAUACAUAUCACAGUUUAUUAAAUUAUUCUUUAAUGAUUAGACAUCCACAUUCAAAAGUUUUCCGCUUAUUAUAUUAUUGUAUUUAUUAUAGAAAUUGGUCAGCUGAUUUUGUUUGAUCUGUUCUAUUUCAGUUUACAUAAAUGUUUUGGAUUUUCUCUGUAUCUGUUUCAUUAUUUUUUACGGUGCAAACAAUUCCCAAUGCAUUCACAUAUCACAAUUUAUUAAACAAUUCCCUAAUGAAUUUUAUUUUAAUUUAAUUUAUUUGAUUAUUUUUAGUUCUUUGCUACAAGAAAAAUAGACUAUCUAUGACCUGUUUAGGGUAUGUUGGUUUUGUAGAGUCAAAGGAUAUGAAUAGUUUAGUGACAUUUUGGUUAAAGUUCCAAAUUAUUAGUAUCAUUGUUGUUCUGUUCUCUCAUAGCCCUUUCAACAAUAAUUAUUUUUCUUUUUUGGUCAUCUCUGACAGACUGAUGGGCUUUGAAGUGAAAACUCAGGGUCAUUGGAGCCAAUGCUAACAUGUUCAAUCAUUGUUAAAAUUGUUAAAUUUUCAAUUGUGAGCAUUUCUAUCUCAGAAAUCACUAAAAACCUUGAUUUAUUGUUUUGGUGAUUGUCUGGACUUAAAAAGUUGUUAAUAAUGCAGGUUAAACUUAAAAGUGAAUUAUAUAUUCACUCCUGGAUACAUUCCCUCUGGAGGGAAGAUCCCCUCCAGAGAACCUGGUUGUUAAAUAUUUACCAGAACACCUUUACAUAUUGGACAUUGCUUGAGCUCAACAGACGUAAAAUAGAAGACUCAGGGAAUAUAGUCAUUAGAAGAUUGGAGGCAAUAAUAAAAAUAAUGAUGAUAAUGAUAAUAAUGAUAACUGGAAUUUGCAUAGAAGAUUUGCAAAAUAUUUUAUAUCCAUUAUCUCAUUUGAGCCUUACAAUACCCCAGAGGUAGAACCUUAGACUUAUUUUAAUUCACAUUUCUCUUAUCAGCAAUUUGGAGCAACUUUCCUAUAGUUUUCAGUUCUUUUGAAAAUUGUCCGUUCAUAUCCUUUGACCAUUUAUCUAUUGAGAAAUAGCUUAUGUUUGCAUCAACUCUCUAUAUAGUCCAUAUAUCAAAACUUUACCAGAGAAUUUGGGGCAAAGAUUUUUUUCUUAGCUGCACUGAUUUUAUGUAGUUUUCAAUUUUAUGUAAUCAAAUUUUCCUGUGCAUUUCUUGUCAUUCUUUCAAUUUCUUGUUUGAUUAAAAACUCUCCUCCAUCCAUAA